AUGAAUGAAUUAGAUAUACAUGAUUAUAUAGUAACUCUUUAUAUCUCUUCAAUGUAUAGUUCAUUCACCACACACAGAGCAGAGAUUAUUAAAAUGAAGGAUGAUAAAGAUGAUAUUAGUAGUGGAAAUAGUACAGAUGACAGUAUAUCAGAUAGUUGUAGCCUAAUUUUAGAGGAGGAUGUGGGAGAUACCUCUCAUAUGACUCCAGAAGAAAUUAUAUUAAAGAAAGAAAGAAUUAGACAACAGGCAGUUAAUGAAAUUGUUAAAACUGAAACCAGUUAUAUAAGAGAUUUAAAAUUAAUUGUUAAAUUAUUUAUUGAACCAAUACGAGGUAAAAUUACAUCAAAUGAAUUCAAUGAUGUUUUUGGAUGUGUUGAAGGAAUUCUAACAAUUCACAGAGAUUUAAUUGGUGAUUUUGAAGGAAUACCAACGAAACAACCUUAUCUACAAAAUAUUGGAGAAGUUUUAUUUAGAUUGUUUAGUAACGAUGAGUUUACCAAACUUUAUGUAUCAUUUUGUAAAAAUCAAACCAACUGUAAUAAUACCUUUGAGAAACUAAAGAAUAAUUCCAAGGCAUUUGCAAAUGCCAUCGAAAAAGCAAAUGAGAGUCAUCUAAGUCGUGGUUUAUCAUUUUCAAUGCUAAUCAUUAAACCAAUUCAAAGAAUCACCAAAUAUCCACUACUAUUGAAAUCACUAGUCGAAAACACACCUCAUGAUUAUUAUGAUGUUAGAUAUAUACAUAAUGCAUAUUCUAAAAUUAAUUUUGUAUUAGACGAAGUCAAUACACAAAAGAGAAUAUUAGAUGAAAUAUUAUAUGAUAAGAAUAGAUUAAAGGAUAUAGAAAACAGUCUUUGUUUCGAAGAUGUAAAGUGGACGGAAUCGAGGAAUCGAAAAGUUGUAAAGGAAGGACUUUCUUCAAAGGGUUUGGAGAAAGAAUAUUUACGUUGUAUAUUAUUUAAUGAUGUUUUAAUUUUGGCAAAGAAUAAAAAGAAGAUGGCAAAUGUAAAGACUAUUAUAACACUGAAUAGAGUUAUCGUUAGAAAUGUAAUGGAGGAACAAUACGGUGCUACUCGUGGCUUUGAAAUGCUGCUACUCGAUAAGAAGGACAAGAUACUAAAGUUCUAUUACAACAAUGAAAAUGAAAAGAAUGAGUGGUUCGAGCAGAUCUAUCUCUAUACCAAUAGAAUAGCCGAUCCAGCUGUGAUAACAGAGGUUGCUGCCGGUUCACUUAAGGGUGUCAAAGGUCUGAGUUCUGUCGGUGGCUAUCCUUUCAACCAAUCGAGUGGUAGUCUAAGAGAGCAACCGAGACGUCCACCUCCUCCAAGUGUACACGACAUUUUCAGACGAUCUUCAGGUAGCGACAGCGCAGUGCCAAUCUCAGUCGACGAGAACAACAACUUUAUGUCGCCACCUCAAAUGUUGUCACCGCCAAGUCUCAACGGAUCGUCUUCCAGUACAAUAAGCAACGGUUCUCAAUGUUCCUCGGGAUCACCUACACCCGUUAGCUCCACCAAUUCAACUCCAACCAUCACCCCAUCGCAAUCUUCAACCUCUGUAUCUUCAGCGACCCGCUCCAAUUCCACAAGUAACUUCUCACGCGCUUAUUCCGUUCCAUCGUUUACCAGUACCAAUGAGGAAAUGAAACCCAAUCCAAAGAAGAUGCCACCAACUAUCUCCUCUAUCACAUUGACAUCGAUCGAUGUUGUAGAGAAGGAACUGUCACCAAACAACGUACCCUCGGGAAGCGAGAGAUAUCGUCCGCCAGUACCGCCACGCGCACCCACACCAACCACACCCAACUCUGGAACACAGUCACCGGUGCCACCACAAAUGAUGGAACAAUACGACAAUCUCGACAGUGCUUUUGAACUGAACUCCAAAGGUAAAAUGGCACCGCCACCACCACCUCUACCCUCAAGAAUUACUCUACAACCACCUCCAUUCCUUCCCACUCCACCGCCACUCUGUCAAUCGACUCCACCAUCCGCCUUCUCCACCUCCUACACCUCACUGGCCGAAAUUUCACUCCUUCCAAUUCCACCUCCACCCUCUAUCAGCUCUGGACCGUCUCCUCGUGCAUCGCCAAGAUCUCCAAGAUCUCCAAGAUCAAUACCAAAUAUUUACAGCAACAAUACAACAAAUAUUAGUAAUAACAGACUACCAAGCUAUCCUCCACCACCACUCCCAACAACGGCAAGCUCUGGACAAUUUCCUCCAUCUUAUCCACCACCACCACCAAUGAACACCAACAACAAUUUCAAACCCAAAGCAAUGAUGCCAACCUCAACCUCGAACUCUGUAUUUAAGAAACCAGCACCACCAAUCAAUCAUCCCAUUCACAGUAAUUCAAUGGAAUCACUAACCAGUAUUAACAGUCUAAGCACUAGUUCAAUGUCUGCAUUCCAAAGACCUAAAUCAACUAAUAACCAUUCGGCGGUGCCACCAACCACCACCACCACCACCACACCAAUCAAGAAUAUGACUCCACCAAUCAUGCCAGCACCACCUCCGAUUCAAGCAACACCACUACCAUCGAUUUACAAUAAAUUCACCAAUAUCAAUAACCAACAACAAAACAACAACAACAACAACAAUAACACAUCCAACAACUUCAACAAAAAUACAGUUCAACAACAACUACAACAACAACAACAACAACAACAACUUUCAAACAAUGGCAUGGGUAAUGGUAGAUUACCACCACCACCUCCAAAAUCAACACCGAUUCCAAGCAACAAACCACCUGCAUCACCUGGUUCUUUCAAACUACCACCUCCACCCAAAAUUCAUUCAUCUUAA